UAAAUUAAAUUUUUUGCCAACCGACGAAAUGGCGGCGGUUCACAGCUUCACUUUUAACAAUGUUCCUUAUCUAAACUCUAUUCAGAAUAAAGAAUUCCCACUUUCGCACGCAAAUGAGUCGCCGACAGCCGUCAGACCCCCCAGCUGGCGAGUGUCGGCUGCGCUGUGAUUGGUCGCCAGUUGUCGGAAGCUACCGUCACCCGUCGCUAUCCACAGCCGCCGCCGUGCUACGCAACAACUGUGCACAUCGAUUAUUAUUAUUAUUAUUAUUAUAGUAACACGACGCCAUAAUAUUUUACCGAUCACGGCCGCCGGGUACUACCGUUUCUCUGCUAAUAGUCUGUGAUCUGCUCACACGUCGAUCCGCCGAUACGACUUACAAGUAAGUUAUACGACUAGCAACAGUGGUUCGUCGUUGAAAUUAUUACCAGUUAGCAAGAACACCGAUUAUGGAAAAAAUACUGUCAAAAGAAUUCAAGAGGAUAAUAUUAAUAUAAAAGAUAUCGAAAUACGUCCAGCUACUGAAGUGUGCGGUGCAGAGUAUCGGCAUCAAGGUGACGCUGAAAAAUACUGUCAAAUAAAUACAAGAAGAUUCUCCAGCUACUGAAGCGUGUGGUGCUAAGUAUCAGAAUCAAGGGAGUCCUCUGGCCGCGAUUUUUUUUUUUGGGGACACGCGCGGCCGUUAUCAUGGCCGACGACAACAGUACUUCCGCCGUGUUCAGUCUGGCAAUGCUCUCUUACAAAGCGUGCAAUGAAGCUCAGCGGAAACAUUAUCGGGAUUAUGAGGUACCGCACUUGGACUUGCAAGAAUGUUGCAAAGCGUUAUUGGAAAUAAUCCUUUACAACACUGUCUGCGGCAAGUUCAAUCCGCUCGGCGAUAGACGGUCCAUGUGUGGGAAGUUGUGCUCAAAAAUAUCAGACGAUGAUGAUAUACUCUUCAGAUACUCGGAAAUAUGCAACGUGGCCGCGUUCAAUGGGCACGUGCGGUGCAUGAGGAUCGCCCGCGAGUUGGGCUGCCCGUGGAACAAACGCGUACCCUGUGACGCGAUCGUGGGGGGACACCUGGACUGCUUGAUGUACGCCCAUAACAACGGGUGUCCCUGGGACGCCGACACGUGCCAGAUCGCGGCCAGACUCGAGAACAUCGAGUGCUUCAAGUACGCGCGGGACAACGGUUGCCCGUGGGACUUCGCGCACACGUGGAACAACGCCUUGGCGAAUGGGCUCACCGUGUUGUUGCGGCACUUGAGCGAGAACUGGGGUCCCGAAACGGUCGUGGCGGCCGCGUCCGGUGGACACAUUCGGAUACUCGUGUACGCGUUAGAGAACGGCUGUCCAAGCUCCGCGGCCGCGUGCAGCAGCGCAGCGGCGUCCGGCCAGCUCGCGUGUCUCGAGCUCCUGCGCAGGCACGGCGUUCGUUGGGACUCGAAUACGUGCGCAAUGGCCGCGAGAUCCGGGCACGUACACUGUCUGAGUUACGCGUUGAACUACGGGUGUCCGUGCACGUCGGCGGCGGCCUACGAGGCGGCGAGGAACGGACGGACGGAGUGCCUUGCGUACCUGCACGCGAAAAAUGUUCCCAUUGACUGGGAACACACGUGCUUAGGGGCCGCGAGGGGCGGGAACCUAGACUGCCUCCGUUACACGGUCGCCAACGGGUGUACGCCCAACGAGGAAACGUGCGCCGAGGCAGCGGGUUACGGCCACGCGGCGUGCCUGGCGUACCUGCACAGGCUCGGCGUCCCCUGGGACUCGCGCACGGUUACGGAAGCCGUGAGGUCUGGCGACAUGGACUGUUUCCAAUACGCAAUCCGUAACGACUGUCCGGCCGACGGACUAGCGUGCGCCGAAGCGGCGCGUCUCGGCCGUUUGCGGUGCCUGGAGAUCCUGCAAGUUAACGGCGCCGUCAUGGACUCUCGUACGUGCUUGGAAGCCGUGAGAUAUGGGCACCUCGACUGUCUCAAAUUCGCGCUCAACAGUGAAUGCCCCAUCGACCGAUCGGCGUGCAUGCGCAUUGCAUUGGCCAACGGACACGUGGCCUGCCGGUAUUACAUUCGCGAUUUCUUUCGAUCUUCGCGGAUUUACCGGUGGUAUCUCGGCAACAAGCAAAUAUUUCGGUAUAAACGCCUACGUGCCCAACAACGGCGGUCGUGGCGACGAGUAUAAAACUCGUGUCGAGACGCUUUCACGCAGCAGCUACGUCGUGUGUCGUGUCGUGCGAGGGCUUUGUUUAUUGUGAUAUGGUUACGGCUGGUAACCAAUAUGGUUUAAAAGUUAGUAGUCAAUUAUUGGUAUACUCUGUUGCAACUUGGUCAUUACAUGAUACCAAAAAAGUGAUUACCAAUCACGGUACGAUUUGAUCGACACGACAUGCGACGCAGCUGUGAAUCCGGUUUUACUCGGGCCAGUUGUACUGUCUACGGUUAAACUUUGAUCACGCUUAAUCAUCUGAUAGCAGAUAUUUAACCUGCCAAAUUCGGCCGAUUAAAUUCCAUUUAGCCUUAAUCGGAGAUGGUACAAUUGGCCCUUAGCAGCGACAAACGGACUGCCUGCCCGGUGUAUGCACUCCGUGUAAAUAUGUUUGUAAUUAUUGUACGUGUUAUUUUAUAUAAUAUUAUGUUAGUUUUGAUAUUAGAUAGUGACAUUCGUUUUGGCAUCAAAAAUGUUCUAUUCCGAUGGCAAUUAAAUUAUGUAGACUGCUUACAAUUAGUAUAUGUAUAAUUAUAAUAGUGUAAAUGAUUUGAAAUCUUACCUAAAUAAUAUUGAUCUUAGACUAAUUAAUUUAUGAUUAAUCAAAAAUGUAAUAAUAUGUAAUUUCUAUCUAUGGUAUUGUAAAUAUUUAGUAUGCCAUUAACUGAAUUUAAAUAAACUGCCCAGAUCAAGCUAUGCUUAUUGGGGAGUUGUCAAUCUUUGUAUUAUUCAUUUUAUUUUAUUUUAUAUAAUAUAGACUGUAGUUAACAUCCGUACUUGUUUGUUUUUUUUAUUUGUGAAAUAAUUAUAAUAUUAUUUAUUAUUAAUUUUAAAAUAACAUAACAAACAAAAAAAAAAAUGAAAUGGUCGAAUUUGUAACACAUCCAAAUCAUGGUACACGAAAAACGAUCCGUCAGUCUCAUUACUAAGUACGGUUUUUAUAUAUUGAUAUUACUAUAGUUGUAAUAUAUUUUACUUUUAGAAUUUAGUUAGGAAUUAAUUACUGCCAUGAAAAAAUAGCAUUUAUCGUAUUAUUAUUAGUUAUAUUAUUAUCAUUAUACUUACUGAUUUAGCAUAGAACGGCGUGAAUUUACUGAAUAUGUUUGUAAUAUAAUUAUUAAUCAGGCUACAGUUUAAUAGGUAAAAUUAUAUUUACUAGCAUUACGUACAAUUCCCGAUGAAUGAUAUUUUUGAAACACUACAAGAUAUAACUUUUAAGCCAUUAUUAUUCCUAAAACGUUUUUUACAACUUAACUUAAGUGCUUAUUUAAUAAAAAUUGUGCUUUUUAAU